AAAUGUCUUCACACACAGCAGACAAUGACAACAGUUUCGCUUCCAGUGGUGUGAAAAGCGCUGAAAAUAUGGAUACUUUGGGACCACAUUUGAAUGGAUCCGAUGACAACAUCAAUGGUAUUACAGACAACACCGUCAAUGAUGUGACCAAAACCGGUGACAACAGUAUUAAUGAGACAACAAGUGGUAACGUGUCGUACGAAGAGGUGAGCGAUGAGGAGCUGAGCAGUACUUCCGAUGAGGAGGACAUGGAGUCCACUCUGAGCUUAGAAGACAACUCCCGUGUCCUCAACGCAACCAAUCGCUUGAUUACAUUCAACGGCACUAAUGACACCACGAGUGGAGACACGGAUCCUAAUCUGACACCACUUCCAGAGACCGUCACUGUGUUGGACGGACCCAAUGGCGCCAAACUAUAUCUCGUGGGAACCGCUCACUUCAGUGAGAAGAGCCAACAGGACGUCAGCCAAACUAUCCUAAGGGCUCAGCCAAACAUCAUUGUCCUCGAGCUCUGCGAAAGCCGUUUAAGUAUACUAUCGAUGGACGAGAAGACAAUUCUGGAGGAAUCGCAGACUAUGGGAGUGGCGAAGAUCAGGCAUAAUAUCCGAGAGCAUGGCUUCGUUCAGGGAGUGAUGUAUGUCCUACUGCUUAGCCUAUCGGCACAUCUGACCAAACAGUUAGGAAUGGCACCGGGAGGGGAGUUCAGGCGCGCCUUCAAUGAGGCGAGUAAAAUCCCGGGUUGUGUCGUGCAUUUGGGUGACCGUCCCGUUCACAUAACCCUACGGCGGGCCAUAUCAUCGCUCAGCGUUUGGCAGAAAUUAAAGCUCGCGUUUGGAAUCAUAUUCAACAGCGAGUCCAUCAGCAAAGAGGAGAUCGAGAAAUGCAAACAAAAAGAUCUUUUGGAGGAAAUGUUGACUGAAAUGACGGGUGAAUUCCCGACAUUGAGUCGCGUGUUUGUGGAGGAGAGGGACACAUAUUUGGCGUAUUCCCUGUGGUUGGCCUCAUCGCCCGUCCCCAACAUGGCGUCGCCGUCGGGUAUGCGGCCCUCAGUGGUUGUGGGAGUGGUAGGCAUCGGACACGUGCCCGGAAUUGUCAAGAAGUGGGGGCAAGUCAAAGAUGAAGACAUUGCACCACUUCUCAAAAUUCCUGAGACCUCAUUGACCACUAAAGUGGUGAAGAAGUCCAUCAAAUAUACAGUCAUAGGACUGGCCGUUUGGGGCUGUUAUCGACUGUUUGUUCCCCACUCUAUGAACACCGCCUUAUCUCACGCAUCGCUGCAAACAAUAGAUUGGAUUCAAAAAUCUAUUCAUAAAUAAAUCGCAAUUAU